AUGUCGUUCUUAUUUGGAAGAGCCCGGACACGGACUGUCGCCGACCUCCCAAAGCAAGCCCGUGAGCACAUCUCAAAGCUCGAGGGACCCAAUGGAGCCUCCAAGGCUGAAGAACUUGCUCGUGUUCUGAGCCAGAUGAAGGUAAUUCUUCAGGGCACCCAUGCCGACAGUUCUCCAGAGCAAAUCUACCAGCUCGUUACCGGCCUCAUCGACGAAGACCUCCUCCACCUGCUCGCCGUCAACCUGUUCCGCCUACCGUUCGAGUCCCGCAAAGACACCCAAGUCAUCUUCUCAUACGUCUUCCGCUUCCGCCCCGCGACCGCCGCCCCCAAGAGCGACCCCAUCGCAUUAUCUUACGUCGUCUGCAACCGCCCUCAAGUCUUGGUCGAGCUAUGCCGUGGGUAUGAUCACAAGGAGAGUGCUACUCCUGCGGGCUCCGUCCUCCGGGAGCUCCUCAAGAACGAGGCCGCCGCGGCCAUCAUCCUAUACGACGACGGAGACGAGCCAGGUUCUAGUUCCAAGGGUCUCAACGCCAUCGACCGUGAACGACCCCAAAGUGGCAGAGGCGUAUUUUGGCGAUUCUUCGAUUGGGUCGACAAGAGCUCCUUUGAGGUGGCGGCUGAUGCCUUCACCACUUUCCGAGAACUCUUGACACGACAUAAGGACCUCGUGCCAAGAUAUCUGUCGGCAAACUUUGACCUUUUCUUUGACAAGUACAACAACAUCCUUGUACAGUCCAACAGCUAUGUGACCAAGCGCCAGUCCAUCAAGCUGCUCGGUGAGAUUCUGCUGGAUCGAUCCAACUACAGUGUCAUGACAGCCUAUGUCGAUCGCGGCGAGCACCUCAAGAUCUGCAUGAAUCUGCUCCGAGACGAUAGGAAAAUGGUUCAGUACGAGGGCUUCCACGUCUUCAAGGUGUUUGUCGCCAAUCCACACAAGUCAAUUGCCGUUCAGAAGAUUCUCCUAAUGAACCGCGAGAAGCUGCUGACCUUCCUAUCGCACUUCCUCGAGGACCGAACCGAUGACGAGCAGUUCAUUGACGAGAGGGAGUUCCUAAUCAAGCAGAUCCGCAACAUGCCACCCAUGCCAGUGGCUCCUCAGCGGUAA